CUGAUCAAUCCAAAAAUAAUCAUAUGUAUAUCGUUUACCACAAAUUAAUACGACAAAUACAUACUUGAAAGUGCAGUAGUACUAGCUAGUAGGAAAUUAAAAUGGCAAGAGGCAUUGGGAUUCCGAGAUGCGUGCAGUGCGGGACGAGGAGCAACCCCUGCCGGUGCAAGGUGGUGGGCCCCACGCUGGGGUUCUUGGCCUUCGCCGCCGCCGCCAUUGUGGAAUGGCCUGUCGGAGCCCUCGUGUACUGCUUCAAACACGUCAAGGGUCGACGGAUCAUGGCUCAUCCUGCCGCCGUCGUCUACCCAAGAGUCACCAAUGCCAUUCCUAUCUGAUAUCUCAACUCUCUAUCCUCAAUUCUCGUCAAUCCAUCAUAUAUUUCUCUCUCUUUCUCGCGUCAUCAUCCGUGUUUGCUUCUUCAUCUUUUGACUUGUGUUGUAUGGUCAUGUGUCCGUGUUCUGACCCAUAUAUGUUACUAAAAAUGCCUAUUUCAUGUAUUUUGUGUGUGCGCGCGCUUUUACUGCGCUUAUAAUUAU